AUGGACGCCAUUGCAAACCAAAUCAAGAGUUUGGCUUCAGGUGCCGACAAGGCUCAAUGCAAGGCUAUCCUUGUCUCCUUGCCCCGUAUCCUUCGCUACUUAGCUUCAAUAGGAAUUAUCAAGGAAACAGGAAAGGACACUUUUACAUCGAAUAACAUCACUGAAGCAGUUGCUCUUCCCAGAUUGGCGGGAGCUCUUUACAACUACUUUUACACCACUUAUCCGGUUUGGUCAGUUCUGCCAAAUUUCCUCAAAGAACACAAAUACCAGGAUGUGGAGGAAAACACUGAUACCGCACUGCAAAAAGCGUUCAACACAGAGCUGCCAUUUUUCACCUGGAUGCUGACUCAGCCUAAAACACUGGCACACUUUAACCAGUACAUGUCUGUCCAUCAUACGGGCAAACACUCAUGGCUUGAAGUUUAUCCACUGGAGGAGAAGAUUGAAGGGCUUAAGCCAGAGCAAGUGUUUUUUGUGGAUGUUGGUGGUGGAAUUGGUACUCAGUCAAUUGCUCUGCGUAAGAAACACCCUGAGUCAUUUUGGAAGAUACGCCAGAUACCGUUGCACAAGCUGUUGCAUACCCAGAUGCAGUGUGGGUAA